CGGCCGGGGAAGGCGGGCCGUGGGCCGCGCCUCGGAGCCGGGCACCAUGGCGGCCGCCGAAGACCUCUGGCAGCUGGCGGACAAUCUGCUGCAUGAGCUGCAGGAGAAUUUUCAGGCUCUGACCGAAAAGAUAACGCUGAGAAUGGAAGAAAUGGGUGAGCGCAUCGAUGACCUUGAGAAGCAUGUCGCUGACUUGAUGACAGAGGCUGGGAUAGACAACACUGAUGAAGAGCUCAGACACUGAACUGAGGAUGUGGGCAAGACAGACAAAAGGAGAAGAGCACCACAUGGAAGCUGGGAGUGCACAGUGUCACUAGUCAUGGAAAGUGUCAGUGAAACAAAUGUGCUGGCAUCACAUCACUUUAGAAUCUGUUUCUUUUUCAAGCUAUUGCUAGAAAGCUGGGUUUUUUCAUCCAAGUGCAACACUGUUUCCUUUUAGUUUCAGGGAAGGCAAAACCUCUCUUUCGCCUAGAAAAUGCCCUCAGGAACUUACCCAGUCAGAAACUUUUCCCAAUAUAUGAAAAUGUAUUUAAUUUCUUUAAAUAACAUUAACAUUUUCACUGUGUUUCUGUUUCCUUCUUCACUUAAACGUUCUCAGCAUAGCCAGAUCCUCUUGUGACAAAACUUUCCUAUUUGCACAAAACCAAACCAGCUGAAAUGUUUUUUUCCUGCCAACAGGCUUUUUGUGUACAAAACCACAAAAUAACAAAGGACCAAGUCUUUAAAAAAAUAAACAUUUAUAAAAGAACCCAAAAUGCAGCUCCAGUAUUACUGCAGCCAGACAGCUCCAGGCUUCGUGUCUUCUACUUUUCCAAUCCUUUUAAAGAAUUCAAAAUGUGCUCAAAGUUGAAGGAUUUGUAGGUGUGUUUUUUUUGUUUAAUAUAUAUGUGUACAGGCAUACACACGAAUAAACUGAAGUGGAUGCAGGGUUAAAAAACAGGCAGCCCCAAAGCAGCGUCAGUAUCUGUAUUUAGUGGAAUAAUCCUUCGGCGAUACCACCAAACCUCGGCCUUUGCGGGCGCCUCUGUAAACAGUUUCUAUAAUGUCAAUCAUCUCUUGCUUAUCUUCCAUUGCCCAGUUGAUCUUGUUGUUAU